CUGGCAGCCAAUCAGGAGCGAGGAAAUGAUAACUAACCCCGCUCGGACCUACGUCACUUCCUCUUUCAAAGUAACCUCACUAAGAUGGCACCGGUAAGGCAGACUGUCGUGAAAAAAAGUAAGAGGGGUGCUUGCUUUAAGUAUACCGUGGAUUGUACUAACCCUGCUGAGGAUGGGAUCCUUGACUCUGCCAAUUUUGAAACCUUUCUGAAAGAGAAGGUGAAGGUUAAUGGCAAAACAGGCAAUCUGGGAAACGUAGUGCAGAUCAAUCGUCAGAAGAACAAGAUCAAUGUCGCAUCAGAAAAGAAGUUCUCUAAAAGGUAUCUUAAGUACCUCACGAAGAAGUACUUGAAGAAGAACAACCUGAGAGACUGGCUGAGGGUGGUGGCGUCAGAUAAGGAAAGCUACCAGCUGCGCUACUUCCAGAUCACUCAAGACGAAGAGUCUGAUGCUGAUGAGUGACGCUUCUGUCUGGGAAUUUUUGUGUGUAUUGAGAUCCUGCGUAAACUGUCAUCGAGAAAAGCAGGAACAAGUGUGUUGAUAUGUACUUGUUAAUAAAAAAGAUACCCACUGAAA